AGAAUGGCAGCUCCAUAUAACGGAUCCAACAUAACGGCGAACUACACCAACCAGUUUGUGCAGCCGCCGUGGCGCGUCGCUCUCUGGUCUGUCGCCUACAGCGCGGUGCUGGCGGUGGCGGUGUUUGGAAACCUCAUCGUGAUAUGGAUCAUUCUUGCGCACAAACGUAUGAGGACUGUGACGAACUACUUUCUCUUAAAUUUGGCGUUUUCGGACGCGUCAAUGGCCGCGUUCAACACUUUGAUAAACUUUAUCUACGCCGCACACGGAGAGUGGUACUUUGGGGAAGCUUACUGCAAAUUCCACAACUUCUUCCCGGUCACAUCCGUCUUUGCAAGCAUCUACUCCAUGACUGCAAUCGCUGUGGACAGGUACAUGGCCAUCAUCCACCCACUGAAGCCUCGGCUGUCAGCGAAGGCCACUAUCGGGGUCAUCGUGUGUAUCUGGAGUCUGGCUGUGGUUCUGGCCUUCCCUCUCUGCUACUUCUCCACAAUUCGAACUGUGCCUGGCAGGACCAUCUGCUACGUGGCCUGGCCCCGCAAGACUGACGACCCCUUCAUGUAUCACAUCAUAGUGACGGUUUUGGUCUAUGUGCUGCCUUUAGUGGUGAUGGGUAUCAACUACACCAUCGUGGGGGUGACUCUGUGGGGAGGGGAGAUCCCGGGAGACUCAUCUGAUAACUAUCACGGACAGCUCCGGGCUAAAAGGAAGGUUGUGAAGAUGAUGAUCAUCGUAGUGGUGACCUUUGCCCUCUGCUGGCUGCCCUAUCACGUCUACUUCAUUGUGACGGGCCUCAAUAAGCUUCUGAGCAAGUGGAAAUACAUCCAGCAAGUUUACCUGUCAGUGCUGUGGCUGGCCAUGAGCUCCACCAUGUACAACCCCAUCAUCUACUGCUGUCUCAACAGCAGGUUCCGGGCUGGCUUCAAGCGUGCAUUUCGUUGGUGCCCAUUUAUCAAGGUGUCCAGCUAUGAUGAGUUGGAACUCCGCUCCACGCGGCUGCACCCAACACGCCAGAGCAGUAUGUACACACUGUCACGAAUGGAUACCACCAUGGUUGUGGUUUACGACCCAGCCGAGGGCGAUGGGAGUGCCAGCAGUGGCUCUGGAAGUAAGCCCUCCCUGUCUGCCAGACAGAAAAGCUACGUCACGUCUCGCCACACAGAGAUCACUGGAUGCAACGGUGGCAGUCUGAAAAUGCAAAAUGGAGGCAGCCCAAAUGCUCAACCUGAGGAGUUCUCUUGAAGGGCUUUUUCACAGACGUGCAUACAGAAGAACACAAACAUACAUAUGCAUGUAAGGAAUUUUAAACACAUGCAUAAUACACUGUACAUACAAACAGUGCAUGGGUGUUUGCUAAAUUUAAACGUAGAAGCAUUGUAUCAAGGCUGAACAUGCAGAAAAUGACUGCACGAAUAUGGAGAUUAUUCUAUAUAUCACCUUAGUGGGUAAUACUGAUUAUAUAAAAUAUUCGGGAGCAGCCUUAACCACAUAUGAGGUGAACAACGCUCAUCAUGUAUUAUAGGUCUAUAUUCCAGGCACUCUCCCUCGGAGCGAUACAGUCAAGUUUUCCCCUAAUCCAAUCAAGGUUCCUCUGCAUUAGUAAAUGAAGUAACUGUUCUUUCCUCUUCAGCCAAACAUUCAGCUCUGAUUGAGAUUAGCAUUUAAACACAAUCAGUGCACUGCUGUUUUGGUAAGGUCUCGCUCCCACAGUUCAAAUGAUUGAUAAUGAAAUUAAUCAGUUCUGCUUGGAGAUACUCUAUUAGAAUAUAUUCUAAAAAGGUAUUACCAUCUCACAAUAGAGAUAUUCUGAAAAUAUGUCAUGGCGAUUGUAAGUAUGUAAGUAUGUCAUAGUUUUCAUUUCAAUCUAUAACUGUGAAC